AUGGGAGGAGAGGUUCUAAAUAAUGAAGGAAUGCCACUGGCCGAACUUAAACAGGAGACCAUUCCCAUAUCACGAUCAGAGAGUUCAGAAUCAUUGAACAGUUUAACAUCAACUAGAAGCUCAUCGAGCAAUAGGCCAAAGACAUAUUUCUGUGACUAUGAUGGCUGUGAUAAGGCAUUUACAAGACCUUCAAUUUUGACUGAACACCAAUUAAGCGUACAUCAGGGUUUAAGAGCAUUUCAGUGUGAUAAGUGUGCAAAAUCCUUCGUUAAAAAGAGUCACUUAGAGAGACACUUGUAUACGCAUUCUGAUACGAAACCAUUCCAAUGUUCUUAUUGUGGAAAAGGAGUGACGACUCGCCAGCAACUGAAGCGACACGAAGUAACGCAUACCAAAUCUUUCAUUUGUCCAGAGGAAGGAUGCAACCUCCGAUUCUACAAGCAUCCACAAUUAAGGGCACAUAUUUUAUCUGUUCAUUUACAUAAACUAACCUGUCCACACUGCAAUAAAAGCUUUCAGAGGCCAUAUAGGCUAAGAAAUCACAUUUCUAAACAUCACGAUCCUGAGGUAGAAAAUCCUUACCAAUGUACUUUUGCUGGUUGUUGCAAAGAGUUUCGGAUAUGGUCACAAUUGCAAUCGCAUAUAAAAAAUGAUCAUCCUAAAUUAAAAUGUCCUAUUUGUAGCAAACCAUGUGUGGGGGAAAAUGGUUUACAAAUGCACAUGAUUAUUCAUGACGACUCACUAGUAACCAAAAAUUGGAAGUGUCAUAUAUGUCCUGAUAUGUCUUUUUCUAGAAAACAUGAUCUUCUCACGCAUUAUGGGUCUAUUCAUACGGAAGAAGAUAUCCCACUGGAACUAAAAUAUAAAAUUUCUGAUAUUCAACAACUUGUCCAAGACCACGGAGUUCAACUGGGGAAUAGCAAACACUCGAAUGAGCAGGAUGAAGAGAAGAUUUCCAAUAGGUUGAGGAAAAGGAGAAAACUUACCGAAAACAAUAAUGUAGAGUUUUUACAGAAUGAAGUGGAUUUAGAAAAGCGACUUGAGUCUGGUGAAAAUGGGCUAAACCUUUUAUUGAAUACCGUUGGAAGAAAAUACAGAUGCUUUUACAAUAAUUGUUCUAGGACUUUCAAGACAAAGGAAAAAUACGAGAAACAUAUAGACAAGCACAAAGUACAUGAGCUAAAGUUAAAAAUAUUACAGGAAAAGGAAGAAAAUAAAACGCUAGUGGACCAGAACCAUAAGGAACCUUUUAUAAUUCAAAAGGAAACGCAGUCAGCGGGUGACAAAUAA